AUGGCUAGAUUACAAGUUUUAUUGUUGGCUCUUUUCAUCACUGCAGUUGCACUUAAUCGAAGUUUUGUUGAUGCAAAUUUUUCUAAGAGCAUGUAUAUAACUUGGGGCGGUAAUCGUUCAACUUUUUCAGGCAAUGGUGAUGACCUUCAACUUGUGUUGGAUCAAACUUCAGGUUCUGCAGUUCAAUCAAAGCGGGCAUUCUUAUUUGGAAGCGUUGAAAUGCUAAUCAAGUUGGUACCUGGGAACUCAGCUGGAACAGUCACAGCGUACUAUCUGUCAUCUAAAGGGGACAAGCACGACGAGAUCGGCUUCGAGUUCUUAGGUAAUGUUUCUGGACAGCCAUAUAUUUUUCACACAAACAUCUACACUCAAGGAAAUGGAAGCAGAGAACAGCAAUUCUACCCGUGGUUUGACCCAACUGCUGAUUUCCAUAACUACACCAUCCACUGAAAUCCCACCGAAGUCGUGUGGUACAUAGACAACCUUCCGAUUCGUGUUUUUAGAAACUAUGAGAACGAGGGGAUCGCAUUUCCAAACAAGCAGGGGAUGAGGGUACACUCCAGUUUAUGGAAUGCGGACAAUUGGGCAACAAGAGGUGGGCUUGUCAAGAUUGACUGGAAUAGUGCACCUUUCAUUGCCAGACUCCGCAGGUUUAGGGCAAGAGCUUGCAAGUGGGAUGGGCCAGUGAGCAUCAAUCAAUGUGCCGCCAUAUCCCAAGCUAACUGGUGGACUUCCCCUACUUACAGCCAGUUGAGCAAUAGCAAGUUGGGUCAGAUAAAGUGGGUCAGAGAUAACUUCAUGAUCUAUGACUACUGCAAAGAUACUAAAAGAUUCAAUGGGCAUAUGCCUCGUGAAUGUUUUAAAAAGCAGUUCUAACUCCUAAGUUCUAGCCCAUAUCACCAGCAAUCAUUCAAUCAACCAAUGGUGAAGAGAUCCCUCACAAAG